AUGAUAAGACUCAUCGAUAAAGACAAGGGAUUGCUAGUAAUGAUAAAAAAUUGCUAAGAACGUGUUGUUUCUCUCAUCGGAGAAUUUUAAAAUCAGAUAGUAAUGAUCAAUAUAUUGAUAAUCCAUUUUGAUGUGUAGUUUUUGAUAAGAAAAAAUAAUAUUCUUAGACAAAAUAUAACGAACUCUUGGCCCUGCCAAUUGAUCGAAGUCAAGAUCUAUCUUCAUUUAUUUCUUGGCUUCUCGAAUACAUUCACUUACCCUCUCCAUUGCUACGAGGUUUAUUUCGAGAAUUUGGAACGACUUGCGACGGCUCCAGACGCCGGCUCAACUCGAGACUAAAUUCCUCAACAUUUAUCUGCCUUUCGUUUAAAAGGCUUUCAAAAAUUGGAGAUUUAAUAAAGUAAAAGUAAAAAAGUGAAAUUGUUACUCUCAAGGAGAAGACACUUUUACGAAUGGCUCGAUCAAUGGGGAAGGAUGCAAAACAACUCGACAUGGGGUAGAUGAUUAGCCUCCAAUGUCAGUGAGAAAUUGAGACUGAACUACGAAAAUGGAUUGGCUACCGCGAUUUAGGUAGCCUAAACUUAACGCAAAUUAUAUUAAAAACAUAUCUUUAACUAACAAAUAAGGAAAAAUAUAUAUAUACAUAUAUUAGUUCAAAAUAUAUUCCAGUGAAAUUUUAUGGACUAAUUACAACAAUAAUAAUUAUAAGUACAGAAAAACUUAUAAACAUUAUUACCAAAGACUGAUUCUAUUUUGGUCGAUUGUUUUGGAAAAUAGUCGAUGUAACAUAUCCCAAUGCGUUCAUAUCGUUAAUUAUUUCCGCGAAUCUAGAUUUUCUUCUUAGGAAAAGUGAAAAUAAUACGAACUAGUCGAAAAUGUGAGUCAACGUUUUAAUUACCAUCAGUUUAACGAUUAAACAGAGGAUAAAUAAAAUAAAAGAUUGAAAAGGAGGCCGUUAGGAGACAGGAUGGGUUGUGGACAAAGUAAGAUUGGUAAUAUUUACUCCAAAAAUAAGAAAAAUAAGACCAACAAUAACAAGAAGAAUAAUGAUUCUUUACGCUCGACGUCUAUUGAUCAGAAAAAUGGGAAUACCAAAAACAAUAAAACUAAUAAUAAUAAUGCUGAGUUGAAUAGAAAUGAGGAAAACGGCAAUAAUGACAUUAAAAAUCAAGCUAAAAAGAAAACUGGUGGACCUGGCAGUGGACCUCUCCUUCAACAAGCAGAGGUGUCAUCUAGUCAGUUAGACUUUUUCCGAAUGCUUGAUGAAAAAAUAGAAAAUGGACCAGACUAUGAUGAAAGCCUAGACGCGACAGUACGAGCAGAACGAAUCUCCGAUCUUUUACGUCGGUGGGAAUUGGCAAGCAUGACGUGGUCAAGUGUGACCGACCUGAACGCUGCUUCUGGCACGGCCUUGAUGGGUACAAAUGUACUCGAAGAUUCACGUCACACUCUCAGCGCCAAGGAUCGUGAGGGUAUGAGGAAUAUAAUCGGUGGUAGACCGGAAAGUGCACCCGUGUUUACUAGGAACGCCAACCGUGUGGAUGGUCUACAAGAGAUUCAUUGUCCUUCACCAAAUAUGCCCCGGCAUGUUUUAGAAUCAAUAAGUCAAAGUCCGACACAGAGCGUGAAAAAUUCCACACCACCCGGAUCGUCACCAACGAGCCUCCGUUUCCAGGAGUACAGAGAAGACAAUGCCAAUUUGAUGAAUACGUCAAGAAUGACGCGGGCAGACUACCAACCGCAUCAUCAGAUUUCAGGCCAAGUCAAUGGCGAAUAUGUUACUCAACAAGCUCUUUAUAGAGAGCAAUAUCUUCAACAAACAGGCAUAAUAGCGAUGCAACCGCAGUAUCAGUCUGGAAAUGUCCUCCGAACUAAUUCUUAUGUUCAACAAUUUCAAAUGACUCCGAGAAAACGUGGAUUUAAUGCUGCCCAAAUGACGUGACCAGAUCCAUCUUGGACCACGAGAUUAAGAGACUGAAAAAUCAUUACAAUACUAAAAGGGGUAUUUAAGAGAAUUGAGACUGAACGUCUCAUUUCAUCCUAUACUGACAUGUUUCUUUUGAUCAUCGGCUUAUCAUUCAUUCCGGAGUCCCUUCGCUAAUAGACUUCGAGGCCUAGAUCAUGGUCCAGUGAAAGCAAUUUAAUUUUACUUUUUUUAAGUGCCAAAUUUGCAGAGGUUAUUGAGUUUUGAUCAACAAUUCCAAUCAAUUAUGCAUCAAUUGCCAGAGGACAUUUCUUUUUUGAAACAAAACAACAAACUCAUGUGUUCUUGUUUAUUAUUUAUGUUAAGAUUAAUUAAAUCCAUUUUUUAGCGGCUCAUAUCAAUGAAAUUCGGUACAUCAAUACUUUUAUAUAUUGUUAACGGUAUAAAUUUUGUAUAAAUGUAUUAGAAGAAGAUGCAAUGAUAGUAAAUUAUUUGAAGAAAAAUUAUAUAUAAUAUAUAUAUGUACAAUUGAGAUAAAAAUAUUUAAUCUAGAUCUUUUUAACUGUAAUACAAUGUAUAAAAAAUUUUUUGGUGUAAUUUAUUCAUAUAAUGGUUACAAUUUAGAUCGACGUGAUAACUGUACAUUUAUAUAUUAAUGUUUUAAAUCAUGAAAAAGAAUUUAAAAAUACAAAAAAAA